AAGAAGAACGAGGCAGAGGUUUCGCUUUAUAUUUAAGCAUCUCGUCCUCGUCUUUACUCUAAAUUGUGAUGAUUGUGGCGGUGACGGACAUUUCCUUUUGGCAGCACCGUGGCCUCCAGAGGAGACCCACAAAGCCGUGGCACGUGUGCGUUUGUAUAGGGGCCCAUCAGACCGUAAAAAAAGGAGGGGCCCGGCGUGUGCCUCUUUCGGGGAGGGGCAGAGCGCACACAUUAAUGUAAUAAACCGCCAGUACAUCUGCUAAGCUAUCUGCACAUCCUCCAACGAAAUCCACCAAACCCGGGCUCAGAGCCCUCCCACAAUCAAAUCCACUAAGAUCCUGGUUUCAUCCCAUUGGUCGGGGAUGCUGCAACGGGAGGGGGGCGAGAACAAUAGCAUCAUUCCGGCAUAAAAAGAGUGGAGCUAUGCCUUGGAGACGAAAACAUUUCAGCAACAGAAGGAUCGAUACUGAGGAGAUAAAGUCCCAUAAGCUCCUAGUGUUGCCAUAUAUAUACUUUAACAAACCUGGAUACUCGGGACUUCACCCACCUCCCCGAAGUGCCUUUCCGCUGUUACUUGCCAAGAUGCCCAAAGGAUUCCUGGUAAAAAGAAACAAGAAAUCUGCACAUGUUUCCUACAGGACUCGGUCAGACGAAGAUGACCUCCAGGAGCCACCCACCCCAGCUGCCUUGCCGAGUAAUACGGAUCCAUCCCCGCCGAUGUCCGUGGCGUCCAGUCCGGACCGCGCCGCAGCAUCGCCGGAUUUCACAGCAGCGGACGCGCCGGUACCAAGACUGGAGAAACCGGCACAGUUCGGCGACCCGGAGGCGGUGUGCCAAGCCCUCUACAGCCCCACCCGGCCCAUCAGCAAGGAGCACGACAGGGGAUAUUUUGAGCGAAGUUUCAAUCUGGGCUCGCCUAUUUCUGCCGAGUCAUUCCCGACACCUGCCUCCCUCUCUGGCCUGGACCACCUCCUUUACGCCCCAGUCGACCUGAAAAUCGGCACCAGCAACAGUAGCCGUAGCGGCACCACCAGCAGUCUCCCGGCACCAAACAACCGGGUCGCCACCAAAAGACCCGCAGCUGACAGUACAGAGCGCAAACCUAAACCCGCCUCCAAGACACCUAAAGCCAUUAGAAAGCUCAACUUCGAAGACGAGGUGACGACCUCUCCAGUGCUGGGUCUCAAAAUCAAAGAGGGACCGGUGGAGUUGAAGCCGAGGGCGCAGUCCUCCGGAGGAAACAAGCCCUUAGGGGAGUUCGUGUGUCAGCUGUGCAAAGAGGCGUACGCAGAUCCUUUCUCUCUAGCUCAGCACAAAUGCUCCCGUAUUGUCAGGGUCGAGUACCGGUGUCCUGAGUGCGAUAAGAUGUUCAGCUGCCCUGCCAACCUCGCCUCCCACCGCCGCUGGCACAAACCCCGGACCACAGGCACACCGGCAAUGCCACCCGCACAGGGCAUCAAAGCUGAAAUGGUCAAAAUGCCGCCAUUAGGUGUCAAGUCGGUCUCCGAGGAAGCCAAAGACAUGAGCGAUAGAGACACUCCGAGUCCAGGUCUGUCCGAGUCGGGCUCUGAAGAUGGCUGUUACGACUGCCAGUUCUGCGGGAAGAGGUUUAAGCGACAGGCAUACCUAAGAAAACACAUUAUGGGACACCAGGCCUUGCAAAAGAAAGGGCUGGAGGAGAACGGGUUUCAAAUCAGCGACCGCGCGGCAGAGCAGGCACCGGUGUCAGCCUCCUCCUCUUCAGCAUCAUCAUCAUCAACCUCAGAGGAAGCCUCAAACCAAAGCCCCCUCAACCUGAGUCCGGUGGACUGCCUGCUGUGCCCGGUGUGCGGGGAGAGCUUCACCAGCAGGGCUGGCCAGGAGAGACACCUGCGCCUCAUGCACUCCUCCCAGAUUUACCCUUGCAAACACUGCCCCGCCACUCUCUACAGUUCGCCGGGGCUCACCAGGCACAUAAACAAGUGCCACCCCUCGGAGAACAGGCAGGUGAUCCUGCUCCAAAUGCCGGUGCGCCCGGCCUGCUAAAGACAACGCAAAACUCGUGCCUUUGUUGGGGGAAAUCUAAAAAAAGGGGGAAACAGAAAAGAAAAAAGUGGCUUUGGGGUUUAAAAAAAUCAGUUUGUGAUGCUCACUGCCAUAACUUUAGGCCAAUGAAAGGCAGGGCGGUUUGAUGUUUCAGUGGUGUUUAAUGAGAUGUCUUUUUCCAUGCCAAUCAGUGAUUGUUGAAUGCUACUCUCUAUAUUUGAAUUACAUAUAGGCCUAUUUUGAGAUUUUCUUUCAUAAAUUAGUUUAUCACACACACACACACACACACACACACACACACACACACACACACACACACACACACACACAAAGCGUUAGUUUGACUGUUAAAGGGUAUUUUUCUAGGACAGCACGUACUCAAUGAUAGCUUCUAGACCUAAGAAAUGUCUUGAAAUUCUCAGAAAUCCUUGUCCCCAUCAAGCCUUUUGGAUUCACCGACUGUGAUUGCUCUAUCAUUGUAGCUUUACGCUAGUUUGUGAAUGAGAGAACUUAUCAACUUUGUCUUGGUGGAAAAAAAACGAGUGCCCGAAGCAUUCCUUGUGUAGUAGAGCCACAAAUGCCUUUAGUUUACAAAGAAGUAUAGAAAUAGCCCACACACAUCCAAAUCCCGCUGUAUAACUGCCUUAAAAAAGUCAACAUAUAUAGUUUUAAUUUUGAAUGUGGCACAUAUUUUACUAUUAUUAUUGAAAAUUGU